CUUUCCUUUUCUAUACGGCUGUUCUUUAAAAUGGGUAAUCCUAACCCUAAUCCUCUUUUAAUCCAUAGCCACCCUGGUCGACUAGUUUAACUCGGUGCAAUGUAGGGAUAGAAAACAUGAAAUAUUGGCUCCAGAAUGGUAUGGAGAACAUUUGUGGACAUUUAAGAACCUAUGGACACCUGGGGAAAAAUACAUAGCAGACCGCACGUGUGUCAUCCAGUGAACACAAAAGAUGGAGCGGCAGAACAACCUGGAAACUGUACAGCAUGAACAGCACAUGAGCAGGGCUGCGAAACUGCAAUGCAGGUGGCUGGAGGUGAGUGAACGUGAACGGCAAGCCCACAUCUACAACCGGCAGCUGCUGCAGGAUUUCAACAGGGCCCAGGACACCAUCAAUGAUCUCAUGGCUCGCACUACCGCGAUGAACACUUUAAGGGUUGAGUAUGAAAGGCAUGUAGAACAGUUAUAUCCCCAAUGGUGCCAAAAACUACAAGAAAAGAGACUUUCAACACAACGCAAGCGUCUGGAGAUGCACCUGAGGGAGUGUGUGAAACGGAUGGAUAACGAAAGCCCAGAGGCCCCCUCCUCUAAUUCAGCAAGCUACUCCUUCCCAUCCAACGCUCACAGCAACCACUCCGAUGGGAGGCAAAAGGGUCAGACCCAGAGACCGAGAAACACCCAUGAGGCUGAAAGGUUUAACAAACCAAAUGCUCUUAUCAAUCAAAAUAGCUCCAAUAUAUCUGGUUUCUCACAGUUACCAUACACUUGGCUGACUCAAGUCAAUCAGCAAAUACCCAGGUCAGACCAAAUGGUUACAGAACCCAGAGGUGCCCAGAGCUCUCAUGGCAUACCUCUUCCACCCUUCAGCUUACCAGCUAGAGGGGAGGUAUAUAACAUGCAUGCUCCUGUGCAGCAGGAGCCACCAUUUGUGGAGGAUCACCUGAGAGAGAAUCCACCAUACCCACAAUCCCGGGCAGGGGUGGGUAAGGGACUCACCCCCAGAGCUCAGCCCAACUCAUAUACCUCAUACCCCCCAUUAGGGCUCCCCAUGCUCAACCCUGCCGUCUGGCGCGCGAUGGGCAUGCCUGAACAUAGUGGAGAGGACAUCCAAUCCAGCCAGGGAAUGGGGGAGGGAGGGAGUGGAGGUGGAGGAGGAGGAGACCGAGGGCCCAUGAGUUUUCAACCACCAAGGAGCCCUGGACGGGGGCGGAGAAUGGGAAUGAAUGACGGGACCAACGAUCGAACUUGUGAGCUAGACACCAAACCAGUACGUCUUUCAGGUGCAGAUGGUGAAAGCAGUGCAGCUAGCAGUACCUCUAGAAAGAGCAAAAAGAAGGGAAAGGAGGGGAGAGGGGCACAAAUACCAGUCAUGAUGGAGAGAGAGGAUACUAUUUCACUACAGUCCUCUGCAGUGUCUCAGGCAAGUCUGGUGCCAAAUCUCAGCAAUGAAGUUUUAUCCCGCAGCACUUACGUAGAGGAUUCUUCAUCUGAAUCAGCAGAAUCAACACCAGAACCAUCAAUAUCCAGGAGGAGUAAGAGCACAAAUGGGACACCUGGACAAACUAUAGCCCAGAGAGAGGACAGGAGUAUUAAGAUAACCCCUGCGAAACAAUUGGGUAAGGGGGCAAUAACAUCCACCCGAGCCCAGGAGAGGCCCCAGGAACAAACAGAGGAAGAGACAGAGGGGAAUGAGGAGAGUUUGGUACCAAGUGUCAGAAAUGAUACAGCUGAUGGAGGGGAUGAUGAAAGGCUGGAAACUGGUGAUGAGGAAAGUGAGGAAGAGCAAAUGAAUGAAGAGAUGGUUGGAGAAAGGGUGGACAAAGCAGAAGCAGCUGAAGAGGAAAAGUCAGGAGAGGAAGAUGAUGAGGAGGAGGAAGAAGAGGUAUUGUCACACCCAGGGCAGCUGAAAGCAAGCAGUGAAGCGGCUUCAGACAGAGUUCUCUCAGAUGGUUCACAGAAAUCCCGAAAUGCCAAGUCAAAGACCACCAGUAGUCCAGAAAUGAACAAAGACAAGGAGGAUGACAACAGUCAAAUAAAAGAGGAGACAUCAGCAGCAGAAGAAGAAGAAGAUGAAGAAGAAUAUGAGGAUAUUGAAGAAGAAGAAGGAGAUGUUGAAGAUGAAGUAGAGCAACAGCCAAUGUCAGCUAUCAGAAAAGAGGAGAGAAUUUCUAACAGAAAGCAUGCGGUAAAUUUGGAAGAUGAAGAUGAAGACCUAUAUAAUCAAGAAAUUGAAGAUGAUGAGGAUGAUGACGUGAUCGUAGAUAAUGAGUAUGCACCGUCCGAAGGUCAUGCAUACAACUUCUUAAAAUACCUGGGAGAGAAAGACGAUGACGAUGAUGAUAUUGAAGGACUUCUUGCUCCUAAAGUGGAAGUGCAAAAUCAAAAGGAGAUGAUACCAAAGGUCACUAUUAACCCAAAAGGCUCAGAGAGUGAUUCUGGAGCAGAGGUUCCUCAGAAAAAGAAUAGCCCCAUGGCCCCAGAGGACGGGAAUAUCAACUCUGAUGAUGAGUUUGAUCACUUUUAUGACUGAGCAAAACCUUGCCUUGGACUUGGACAACACUGCAAAUAUGUCAAUGCAUGUCAAAUACCCAACACAUUUAUGCCUCUCUGUAAAACGCACAAGUUCAAAACCCAGAAGCAAUAAAAGAGAAGCACAACUCAGUAAACAUGAGUCAUUAUUAUUACUCCCUUAGAAAACAAAAAAAGAAAACGGAUGUAGUAAAGGAUGCAGUACUGCUGCAAAAUGGUCACGCAGCAGUAGAACCUGUUUUGUGUGGGCACUAUUGAAUGCUGUUCAGCUUACAUAAGUUGUUUGAUGUGGCGAUAGAUGAAUGAAUGAAAGGAAAGCCUUAC